AUGAAACCUCCGCCAAACGCGGCCUUAUUGUCUCUCUCGCUCCUCCUCUUAAUCCUCGCCUCCGCCACCUCCUCCGGCGACCAGGAGACCUUCAUCGUCCAUGUGUCCAAAUCCCACAAGCCCCUGGCCUUCUCCACCCACCGCCACUGGUACGCCGGCAUCCUCCAAUCCCUACCCCCGCACCGCCGCCCAGCGCAGAUCCUCUACACCUACGACCGCGCCGUGCGUGGCUUUUCCGCUCGCCUCUCCCCCCACCAGGCCGCCGCCCUCAGCCGCGUCCCCGGAGUUGUCUCCGUCGUCCCCGACGCCGUUCGAUUCCCCCACACCACCCGCACCUCCAAUUUCCUGGGCCUCGCCGACUCGUUCGGCCUCUGGCCGAACUCCGACUACGCCGAUGACGUCAUCGUUGGUGUCCUCGACACCGGCAUCUGGCCCGAGCGCCCGAGCUUCUCCGACGAGGGCCUCUCCCCCGUCCCCUCCCACUGGAAGGGUAGCUGCGUCGAUGCCCCCGAUUUCCCGGCGAAUCUCUGCAACAGAAAAAUCAUCGGCGCGAAAUCGUUCUAUUUAGGGUACGAGGCCUCGCGAGGGGGCAAAUCGAUGGAAGAAUCGAACGAAUCCAGAUCUCCGAGGGACACGGAGGGCCACGGCACUCACACGGCGUCAACGGCCGCUGGAUCUAGGGUUUCAAACGCCAGCCUGUUCGGAUACGCCAGAGGAGAAGCCAGAGGCAUGGCGGUCAAAGCCAGAAUCGCCGUGUACAAGAUCUGCUGGACCUUCGGAUGCUACGAUUCCGACAUACUGGCCGCGAUGGAGCACGCGAUUGACGACGGCGUGGACGUGAUUUCACUCUCCGUCGGGGCCAAUGGCCACGCCCCACAGUACGACCGCGACUCGAUUGCCAUCGGAGCUUUCGGCGCGGCCGAGCACGGAAUCGUGGUGUCGUGCUCCGCAGGGAACUCCGGGCCCGAUCCGUACACCGCGGUCAACAUCGCGCCGUGGAUCUUGACCGUCGGGGCCUCAACCCUCGACCGCGAGUUCCCGGCCGACGUCAUCCUCGGCGACGGCCGGACGUACGGCGGCGUCUCACUAUAUUCCGGCGAACCUCUCGGAGACAAACUGCUUCCCCUGGUUUACGCCGAUGACUGCGGUAGCCGGUACUGCUACUCCGGCAGCCUCGACCCAUCGAAGGUCGCCGGAAAAAUCGUGAUCUGCGACCGAGGCGGCAACGCCAGGGUCGAGAAGGGCAAUGCCGUCCAUCAUGCCGGAGGCGCCGGCAUGAUAAUGGCCAACUUGGACGAGAACGGCGAGGAGCUUCUGGCCGACGCCCACUUCAUUCCGGCAACAAUGGUAGGAGCAACCGCAGGAGACAAUAUACGGGCCUAUGCUCGUUCGGUUCCAAACCCGACAGCCACGAUCUUCUUCAGGGGGACGGUCAUCGGGCCCAGCCCACCAGCCCCACGCGUGGCCUCCUUCUCCAGCCGCGGGCCCAAUUACAGAACGGCCGAGAUUCUCAAACCAGACGUGAUUGCGCCAGGUGUCAACAUCCUGGCCGGAUGGACGGGCCAAGUGGGCCCGACCGAUCUCGAGUCAGAUUCCCGGAAAGUCGAGUUCAAUAUUAUCUCCGGCACGUCCAUGUCGUGUCCCCACGUGAGUGGCUUGGCCGCCCUUUUAAGAAAAGCCCAUCCCAAUUGGUCCCCGGCUGCAAUCAAAUCGGCACUCAUGACAACUGCCUAUAACUUAAACGAUAACGGCGGGAAAAUCACGGACCUUGCCACAGGAGCUGAGUCGAACCCGUUUGUUCAUGGGUCGGGCCACGUCGACCCGAACCGGGCUCUUGACCCGGGGUUGGUCUACGAAUUGGGGACGAAUGACUACUUGGCGUUUUUUUGUGCGAUCGGUUAUAACCCGAGGAGGAUAUCGGUUUUCACGAGUGCCUCGGUGGAUUGUGACGAGUUAGGUUUGGAAUCUCCGGGGAAUCUUAACUACCCGUCGUUUUCGGUUGUUUUUUACAGCGGUGAUGACGAGAUGGUGAAAAAAUACAAGAGGACAGUGAAAAACGUGGGGGAAAAAAUGGACGCGGUUUACCAGGUGAGUGUGGAGUCUCCGGCAGGGGUGGAUGUGACCGUAUCUCCAAAUGAGUUGGUUUUUAGCGAGAAAGAGCGCGAGUUGUCGUAUGAGGUUACGUUCAAGGGUAAUGUGAGUUUGAGUGAUUUGGGAAUGGAAAUUGUGGGUGGGAUUAAGACCUCGUUCGGGUCGAUUGAGUGGAGAGAUGAUGGCGGGAGCCACCACGUGAGGAGUCCUGUGGCGGUGGCUUGGCGGCUGAGCUCGGCGGAAGCAAUGUGA